UCAUGCUACCUGCAAGCAGCGCAUUUGGAGGAGCCCCAGCAACGAGCACGGAGGAUGAACGAACCGUAUAGCCCUGAGGCACCCCGUCCCAUCAGCAGCACAGCUCCUGGCACCAUGAAAAUGUUCAUGGGCUUCCUCACUGUAUUUAUUGUAGUGCAGACCAUUGGGACUGUGCUCUUCUGUUUGUAUCUUCACAUGAGGAUAGAUAAGAUGGAAGAGGUGUUGAGCUUUAAUGAAGAUUACAUCUUCCUGAAGAAAGUACAGAAAUGUCAGACAGCAGAAGGUCAGAAGUCAACAUUAUUGGACUGUGAAAAAGUUAUAAAGGGCUUCCAGGACAUCCAGUGCAAGGACAGACCCCGCAAGGAGCAGCCCAAAUUUGAAAUGCAGAGAGGUCCUGAGCACCAUGAGCAUCCUCAUUUGAUGCGCAAGAAUGAGACAUCUCUGGCAGCAGAGAAGAGGGAGCCAAUUGCAGUUCACCUGGCAGGUCAGCAGAGCAACAAGGCAGGCUCAGUGCUGGAGUGGAGGGAGACCAUGUAUGGCCCCACAAACAGCUUGAUAUCCAACAAGGAGGGGAAACUGAAAGUGGAGGAAGCAGGGCUCUACUACAUCUACUCUCAAGUCAGCUUCUGCACCACGGAAGUGUCUUUGGCACCCUUCACCCUCUAUAUUUAUUUACAUAUCCCCAAGGAAGAGGACCGGCUCUUGCUGAAAGGACAAAAGACACAGAGCUCUUUGAAGACACAUGAAGAAGGACACUUGAAGACCCUCUGUGAACUCCAGUCCAUCCGUGUGGGAGGUGUCUUCAACCUCCGGGAAGAUGACAUGGUCUUUGUCAAUGUGACAGACUCCACAAAAGUGAAGUACAGCCACGGCAACACCUACUUUGGCAUCUUCAAGCUGUAG